CGGUGGCGUCCCGGCUCCCAGUCUGCUUCUGCCUAACGAACCGUCCCUCGAUCUCCUCCUGCUCUGCCGCAACCAUGGUGCUGACCGCCGAGGACCGCAGGCUGCUUCAAGCCUCCGUUGCCAAACUGAGCUGUCGCAUCGAGGACAUUGGCGCCGAUGCGCUGAACAGGUUAUUCCUAGUCUACCCGCAGAGCAAGACCUACUUCGCCCACUUUAACUUGAGCCCCGGCUCGAAGGACAUCGUCCACCAGGGAGAGAAAGUGGGCAAGGCGCUGGACAACGCCCUGAAGCACCUGGACGACGUCCGCGGCAGCCUCGCCCAGCUUAGCGACCUGCAUGCCUACAACCUCCGCGUGGACCCUGUCAACUUCGGGCUGCUGUCCAAAUGCAUCCAGGUGUCUCUGGCCACUCACCUGCGCAACGAGUACACUGCCACCGCCUCCCUGGCCUGGGACAAGUUCCUCGAACAGGUGUCUGACAACCUGUGUGAAAAAUACAGAUGAGCUGGACAGGCCACCAGGCACCCUUCUUUGCCCUCUUCUAAGCUGCCUGCCUUCAGGGUGCCUCACCUGGGCCACUGAGCAAUAAAGUUGUUUUUGAACCGCU